AUGCUGACGGGUCUGAUCCCUUUGCAAUUCACUGAGUCACAUGUGAGGGCUUGCCAGAUGAUCGGCUUUCAGAGCAGCCAAACUCGUCAAGUCAGAAAUUGCUUUGGUGAUGCUCCCCGCUUGACUGGCUGCUCCGCAGUUUCAGCAGCUAUCUGUAUCGCGAGCAGCACGCCUGCAGGCUCCAUGUGUGAGUUCUACCUAAUUUAUGCCACUCGCACUCAGCUCUCAUGGCUUGUCGGGCCACAACUGGCAUUUGAGGCUUGCUUGACACCUGCUCCUGCAGCCUGCUUGCUUCAAGCACCGCGCCACAUCAGUUCGGUGUGCCUUUUGGAGCGCCCGCAGCUGCAUAGGUCUGACGCAUGCUGCCGAGCAUUCGGCCGCCUCAAACGCUUAGCGCAGCAAAGAAUCAUGCCCAAGCCAGCGCACAGACUUUGCCACGCAGGCAGUCAAGUCUUGGCGGUCUUGGGCCUCCCAUUGCCUAGUUGUUGUGACACAGCAGUGUGUUGCACCCCCUCGCAUCACAAAGGCGAAGAUGCGGCAACUCGGCUGCCUGUUUUGCAGCCGGUGGCACUGGCACGUGCACAGCACCUCGCAUGCCGGUCAUUUCUGGCCCGCUUGCAUCCAAGCCACUGUGUCCCCCCUGUCCCAAGCACGUUGCGCAUCGAUGAUGGGGGCAGGACAAGCUCGAAAGGCAUGGUUCAGACAGUGCCAUUACAAUAG